AAGCUCUCAUUCAUCUCGGCGAGCCUCUGACGACAGAGAGAAAGAGAGCGCGAGCGAGAGGCAACAGACACGACUCGCUUUUCCAACGGCUUUUUUUUUUUAAUGCUGCGCGGAGAAAAAAAAGAAAAGAAAAACAACUUGUUAUUUUGAGCCAAAAAAAAAGCCGAGUGGGACUUAAACUAUUUUCAUACCCGGAUAUUACUGGCGAUGUAUAAACCCAACACGGUUGGUGUGUGAGGAGGAAUUUUGUGUUAAUGUUUUUAACCCGAAUGGUUUCGUCGUUCUCGGGACAAAAACGGGGCGCUUUUUUCCCUUCAGCUCGGCGUCACUGGGUGCGCAGCCUCACGCGUGGAUUUUAACCUUGUUGUGGUUUUUUUGUGUAUAUAAAAAAAAGGAGCGAAUUUAGACCAUACGGAAUAGCCAGAGAGGUUCUGCACCGCUGUGUAUGGAUAUUAAGUACCAGGUUGAUGAGCCCUAAACGCUGUUUUGAGACUGAUUUUGGAAGUGCAACAUCGGCUGAUGGAGUUAACGUUAUGGAGGAUCGCGUAUAGGUUCUCCGAUGUUCCCGGACUGCACCGUUCCACAGGAAGUCGUUGAUUCGAUCAGAUGGAUCGUGGAGGCCACGUGGGUGCCGUUCUCUCUCUGGAUCAGAUCCGCUCCAUACGCUCCAAGAACGAGUACACCGAAGGCCCCGUGACGUCAACGGCAUCAUCAUCACCGUCGUCUGCGACGUCGACGCGGCAACCGUCUGCACCGUCGUCGUGGCGCCCGUCGCCGCCUCCCCGGACGCUGAAGCACGAGAGGACUCACGAGGUCAUCGUGGUAAACGUUAACAACAACAAUUACGGAAGCGGCGGCACCGGCGGUGGCUUCUCUCCUUCCUCGGGAAGCUCGCCGCCUUUCCGCCAUGUGGUUAGGACGCAGCCCAAAUCGCAGAUGGCGCCCUUGCGGCCUCUGUUCCCUCCCUCGGACACUCUGUUGAUGUCGAAGCAGGCAAAAUCGAAGGGCGAGUCGUUGUUAUCGUCAUCGUCUUCGUCGUCCUCGUCGUCCUCGUCGCACCAGCUGAUCUGCGAGAGCUGUGGGAAGUGUAAGUGCGUCGAGUGCACUUCGCCAAGACCCCUUCCCUCGCGGAUGGUGUGCGACGGCCAGUGCGUGUGCUCGGCUGAGAGCGUGCUGGAGCACGGCACGUGCAUGUGCCUGGUCAAGGGCCUUUUCUACCACUGCUCGAGUGAGGGUGGAGAUGAUGCGGGCGACUCGUGCGCUGACCGACCGUGCUCACUGUCGCGGCCCCGCUGCCCGGCGCGCUUCCUCUGCAUGGCUCUCAUGGCACCCGUCUUCCCCUGCCUGCUCUGCUACCCUCCCUGCAAAGGGUGCCUGAAAGUGUGCCAGGUGUGCCACGACCGCCUGCGCCGCCCCGGCUGUCGCUGCAAGAACUCAAACGCCGUCUACUGCUGGAGGGACGGGCAGGGACACACGCUCACGCCGGGCAAACCUACCUGAGCGGGACCGGACACACAAACGAGACACUAACAAACACGGAGCCGAAAACACAGGCACUAACACACGCAGGAUUAAGGGCUUAUUUUUUUUGGCCCCAUUCGGCUUCCAUACUCAAGCUAAAACAUGCAGAGCCGAAUACGUGCUAACACACACAGCAGGGAGUCCAAAUCCACGCUAACAAACACACUGAGGUCUGAAUGUGUGCCAGGCAUGUGCCGGUAAUUAGUUAUGCAAUGACAAGAAAUUCAAUAUUGUUAUCGUGGAGGCUUUGAAAUCUCAUCAGUGCCACUGUGGUGUGAGGACAGCUGUGUCUUCAUCUUUGCCAGCAUGGGCAAUCCCAUAAUUCUCUAAUGUGCAUUGCGUAAAUAUCAAAAACAGUGCUAAGAUGUUGUAAUAUCGCAAUAUUAAAAGUGUAAAACGGCACAUGCCUUAAAAAAGCGCUAACAUACAGUGCGGGACGCAGACUGACGGCGAGUCCCAGGACACACAACACCGAUCCGGGAGGAAGAGGACGGACAAUGAUAUCCUGACUAUGCUCUAAAUAAGCCCCGCCUGUUCCUCACCGAUCUGCUGCUAGGAGGAUGGAGGAUGAAAAACGCAAAACCACUCGUUUAUUAUCUGUCACUUGGCAGUUUUUUUUUUGUUUUGUUUUGUUUUGUUUUUUUUGUUUUUUUUUUAACAAAACCAGUGUUUGCCUUAAACUGACUGCGGGUCUGCUCAGCUACUCGAUAAAGAGACAAAGUGAAAAAGGGAAAAAAAAAAAGAGAGAACAGACAGAAGAAGAAAUUUUUAAGUAAACGAGAGAGACAUACCGAACCGAAUCUGUGAAGGACUGUCCGGCCAGCCCAUAAUACUGUAGCUGUUCCCAGAUCGCCGUAGCAACCUGGUAUUGUUCCCACACACAGGGCUUCCCGUGCCUUCCCGCGGGUCGUCUCCGUGGAAACGACCCCUCCGUCUGGUAGUGUUUCCGGACGGACAGACGGGUGGACGUUCAAACACACACACACGUACACACACACGUACACACACUCCGUGGCAUUCUGACAUUAUGGUUUUUUGUUGUUGUUUGUUGUUUUUAUUGUUUUGUUUUCUCUCCCCUUUUCUCAUAUUUUUGUAAAAAAAAAAAUUGUAUGUUCAAAUCCAUCAGAGGAAUCCUGGCUAUUUUUUAAAAAGUUACAAAAAAGAAAAUGUCUGUUUAAAAACAUUUGUUUUUGUCAUUGUAAAAAAAAAUAUUUAUUAAGUGAAGCUCUAUUAUUUUAUGAUAUUUAUUGCGAAACAAAGACAGUCUUAGAUUUACUCAUGUCUGAAUAUAACAGAAAUAUCAAUACUGAGAAAUUAAAGGGUGACACAAACGUUAUGUUAACUUUACUGCAGAAAUAUAUGAAUUAACUAAUAACA